CCUGCAUUCAACCUCCAAAAUCUUGGGAAUUUCUCCCAAACAACAAAACACCAUCAACCACGAAAGUCCUUUUACGAACACCGACUCGCGCAUUUUCAGUCAAACCGAAUCCGAAGACAAUUUUCGAACACCGAGACGAUUAAUAGUUAAUAAACAACACCACCAACAAUGGCGGCCGAACAGAGAAAGCUGCUCGAGCAGCUAAUGGGCGGCGGCAUCUCCUCCCGCUCCGCCCAACUCUCCCUCACCGACCCCAAAGUCUGCCGCUCCUACCUCGUCGGCACCUGCCCGCACGACCUCUUCACCAACACCAAGCAAGACCUCGGGCCCUGUUCCCGCGUGCACUCGGAGGCCUUGAAAGCCGAGUACGAGUCCCUCCCCGACAGCGACAAGAAGAAGUACGGGUUCGACUACGACUACAUGCGCGACCUGCAAAAGUACAUCGACGAAUGCAACCGACGGAUCGACGCGGCGCAGCGACGCUUGGAAAAGACACCGGACGAGAUCCGGCAGACGAACGUUUUGCUCAAAGCCAUCUCCGAUUUGGGCACGACCAUCGCCACGGGGCUUUUGGAGGUGGAGAUCUUGGGAGAGCUGGGCGAAGUCGGACGGGCGUAUGACGAGCUUUUCAGGGUGCGCCAGGCGCAGGCGGCGAAGGCGGAGAAGGAGAGAGAGCUGAAGGCGCUGUCGGAUACGAGUGGCCCGUCGGGUCAUCAGAAGCUGCAGGUGUGCGAUGUGUGUGGCGCGUAUUUGUCGAGGUUGGACAAUGAUCGUAGAUUGGCGGAUCACUUCUUUGGCAAGAUGCACCUUGGGUAUGCGCAGAUGCGGAAGACGUAUGAUGCGUUCCCGAAGGAGAUGCGUGGAAGGCAGAGGCCGAUGGGCGGCAUGUCGGGCGGUGGUGGCGGUGGUGAUGAUGAUAUGGGUGGUGUGCCGACGGGUCCGGGUGGACGACAUGAUGAUUGGGGAAGGGGCCGUGGACCUAGGAGUGGCGGUGGUGGUUAUCGUGGUCGUGGUCCUAGACGUGGUGGAUGGUAGAGUACUUGAGGUGAUGGUGGCCAGACCAAGUAACGGUCAGUUGGCGUCCAAAAGAGAAACUGGUCGGUUGGAAGCGCGUCAAGGGAGAUGGAUACCAUCCAAAAUCUGGCGGUUUUAUGUGCAUUGAAAAGGCGUUGGGGGCGUUUUACACUAUUCGAGCUUGGGAUUUGCAAGGAACUCGGAGCUUCUCCCGUUGUGGUCCUUAUUUUUGCACCCGUGUAUCGAAAACAAAGCUGUUAGUUAUAUCAUGAAAGCGCAGCACACAGAUAGGUAUAGAAUCGAUGAUACCAGCAA